GCCUCUCACUGCACUGCUGCGGCUGGAGUAUUUGCAUAGUGGGCGGCAUCCUGCUGGAACUAGUCCAACCUACCACGUUGCCUCAUUGAAGACCGGAGCUGCUGCGGAGUGCAGGACUGCGGCGGCGAUUUAUUUUAGAUUUGUCAAGAUGUCUCACAGCGGAGCACAGGGAAGCAUUGGCAGCCACUCAUCUUUAGGUCUGCAUAAUUACAAGCUGAUCUGCUAUGAGUAUGAAAAUUUUCAAGGUCGCAAGGUGGAAUUUAGCUCUGAGAGCAGGAACUUGUGUGACCGGGGCUUUGACCAAGUGAAGUCCAUUCGAGUGGACUCUGGACCCUGGGUAGCAUAUGAACAGAAGGAUUUCACUGGUGAGAUGUUCAUUAUGGAGAAAGGAGAGUAUCCUCGCUGGGAUUCCUGGUCUAACUGCUUCCGUGCUGACAGGAUUAUGUCAUUGAGACCAGUUCGUAUGGACACACAGGAUUAUAAGAUCUCCCUCUAUGAAGGUAUCAACUUUGAGGGAAGAAAGAUGGAGGUCUGCGAUGAAGAUAUCCCCAGCUUGUGGUCCUAUGGAUUCCAGGACAGGGUCGCAAGUGUCCAAGUACUUGGAGGAACAUGGGUUGGAUACCAAUACCCUGGUUACAGAGGCUACCAAUACCUGAUGGAAUAUGGACCAUACAAGCACUGGAACAACUGGGGAGCCACCCAGCCCCAGAUUCAGUCUGUCCGCCGAGUGAAGGACAUGCAGUGGUACAAGAGAGGAAACUUUGAAGUUGGGAAAUAAAAAGGCUUCAAGGAUAAGACACAGAACUUGACUGGCAAGAAAGGGACUUGUUUCUUUUAAACUUUAAACCAUUUUCAGUUUAUUGGUGGGAGAGACUUUAUUAGUUAGUGUUCAAGAUUAUUUAUUGAGGGUAUUAUUAUUCAGGCUUUGUGAGAGUUUAGAUGCUAUCAGACAGAUCACUGAUAGAACAGUUGGCUCCUUAAAUCAUACACUCAACUGUUUACUUUGCUGCUGCUUCUGUUGUGCAUAAUGGGGUUACUCAAGCACUCGGCAGGCUCGUCCUCUGUCUACCUAGAGGCUUUCUAAGCCUUGCUGUAUCUGUUAAGGGAAAAGUGGGGAUGUUGAGCAUACCGCCUUUUCGCCAUGUCUUUAUUCAUUUUUCUACACCUGAUUCUUUGAUAGCAACUAAACUCCUAUAUAAGCAGGUUAGUUAUAAUAAUCAGAUACUCAGACGUUUGGUCACUGUCAGAGUUGUGGCUACACUAAUCUGGCCUUUACAGCAAUAAUAGGUAAAGGCAGAUACUGGUGAUGGCAACAGACAACUUGAUUUGGAGUUUUUAUAUAGAGCAAGGAAAUCUGGCACACUUCAUUUGAAACUAGACUUCUGUUCCAUCAAAUUAUUUGAAGUCUAAGGUACAAUAAGCCUGUCACUCCACAUCAACCUAAUACAGAGACAUUUAGCCUGUUUGAUUAAUGCCUACUUCUUAGAGAACCAUAAGAAACCAUCUAGAUUUUGCUUUUGCAAUAAUGUAAACCUGACCUACACUGGGCCACGCCAUGUAGUGGAACCACAGCUACUGCCUUGAAAAUAAAACAUUACAAAGACCUGCUGGCGCUAAAGCUAUUACUUUUCUACAUAAAACAGCACAAGAGUUGUAGGUUGUUCUAUUAAAGAAAAUGGGUUAAUCAUCAGGCUUAGCCACACAGAGUUGUCUGUAUUGCAUUAUAUUUAACAUACUGCCAAUGGCCAAACCUAGAUAUAUAAAAUCACAGAAAGUAGUCUCUCCCCCCAAUAAUAUAGAAAAUCCAGAACUUAUGCUUUUAUCAAGGGUGGGAAUAUAUGGGCAUUGUCAUCUUUCUCAGGGAGAAACAAGUCUUGUUUUAUUACACUUAAACCUCAGCCAACGAAUGCACAUCAUGAAAGUGUUCACUGUUCCUUUCCACAGCACUGUCCAUCCAAACGUAGCUCUGCCGAACCAUCAAUACGUGUGUCAAACUCUUUACACAAAUAAAGAUAUUUGCCAUGAAA